AUGGCGUCCCGGAGACUAGCUUUGAACCUCUCGCAGGGGCUGCGAAGCCGGGCUGCUCUUUCCAGAGCGAGCCCAAUUACCCGGGGCUUCGCUACGCCUUCCAACACCCCCUUCGGCAAGACUCAGACGACAACAUUGAAGAAUGGACUGACGGUCGCCACCGACUACUCGCCCUUCGCCCAGACCUCGACCGUCGGCGUGUGGAUUGACGCCGGCUCAAGGGCUGAGACCGACGAGACCAAUGGCACCGCACACUUCCUCGAGCACCUUGCCUUCAAGGGCACCACAAACCGGACGCAGCAGCAGCUCGAGCUCGAGAUCGAGAACAUGGGUGGUCACUUGAACGCCUACACCUCGCGCGAAAACACCGUCUACUUCGCCAAGGCCUUCAACUCCGACGUUCCCCAGACCGUCGACAUUCUUGCCGACAUUCUCCAGAACUCCAAGCUCGAGGAGUCCGCCAUCGAGCGUGAGCGCGAUGUCAUUCUCCGCGAGUCCGAGGAGGUCGAGAAGCAGAUGGAGGAGGUCGUCUUUGACCACCUUCACGCCACCGCCUUCCAGCACCAGCCCCUUGGCCGCACCAUCCUUGGUCCCCGCGAGAACAUCCGUGACAUCACCCGCACCGAGCUCACCAACUACAUCAAGAACAACUACACUGCCGACCGCAUGGUUCUUGUUGGCGCUGGUGGUAUCCCCCACGAGAAGCUCGUUGAGCUCGCCGAGAAGAACUUCAGCGGCCUCCCGACUUCCGGCCCCCAGACCUCGGCCUACCUCCUGUCCAAACAGAAGGCCGACUUCAUCGGAUCUGAUGUCCGUGUCCGUGACGACAACAUCCCCACCGCCAACAUCGCCAUUGCCGUUGAAGGUGUCAGCUGGAACGACGACGACUACUACACCGCCCUCGUCGCCCAGGCCAUUGUCGGCAACUACGACAAGGCUAUCGGCAACGCCGCUCACCAGGGCAGCAAGCUCAGCGGUUUCGUUCACAAGCACGAUAUUGCCAACAGCUUCAUGAGCUUCUCCACCAGCUACAGCGACACUGGUCUCUGGGGUAUCUACCUCGUCACCGACAAGCACGACCGCAUCGACGAUCUCGUCUACUUCGCCCAGCGCGAGUGGAUGCGCCUUGCCCGCAACGUCAGUGAGGCCGAGACCGAGCGCGCCAAGGCUCAGCUCAAGGCCUCCAUUCUCCUCUCCCUUGACGGCACCACCGCCAUUGCUGAGGACAUUGGUCGCCAGCUCGUCACCACCGGCCGCCGCGCCAGCCCCGCCGAGAUUGAGCGCACCAUUGACGCCAUCACCGAGAAGGAUGUUAUGGACUUUGCCAGCAGGAAGCUUUGGGAUCAGGACAUUGCCAUCUCCGCCGUCGGAAGCAUCGAGGGUCUCUUUGACUACUCCAGACUCAGGGCCACGAUGAAGCCCAAGUACUAA